AUGGCUCCCCUCCACCGCCACCACUACCACCGUGUCCCACCCCCUGCGAUGGCAGGUGAUCUAGCUCGGGGGGCCUCCCAGACUGGGCAGGAAAGGAAGUUUCCAGAAAACCUGGGCUGGGGGAGGAGUCCUGGGGACAGCAGUUGCCCGCCGCAGAGGGCCGGCUGCCUGUGGACCCUUCCCGGCACGGUGGAGGUCAUGUUGGGGGCCCUCAAGCAACCCAGAAGCACAAAUUGGUGGUUUGGGGCCACGCCCAGCUGGGCUGGCAUCCACAAACCUGGAGAGUUGGCUAUGGCAGCACCACGGCCUCGGCCCCGCUCCCCUCCCAAGGCCCCUGUCCCCUUCCCCUGA